GGAACCAAGCAAGCUUCUUCUUCUUCUUUUGUUCUCUCUUGUUCAAUUAAUGGAAGCCAUUGAAGAUAUAGUCAUUGUUGGUGCUGGACUUGCUGGCCUUGCCACUGCACUAGGCCUUCACAGGAAGGGAGUGAAGAGUGUAGUUUUGGAAUCAUCAGAUGUAUUGAGAGCUGCAGGGUUUGCCUUCUCAACUUGGGCCAAUGCAUGGAGAGCUUUGGAUGCCCUUGGCGUCGGCGACGAGCUCCGCCACCAUCAUCUCCAUCUUGAAGGAUUGACAGUUUAUUCUGAGUCAAAUGGUGAAGUUGGUACGAAAAUUCCAUUCACUGCUAAUGAAGGGCUUGAAAUUCGGUGUUUGCAGAGGGAUUUGUUACUAAAAACUCUUGCAAAAGAGCUUCCAAGUGACACAAUUAGAUACUCAUCAAAGGUUGUAUCAAUCGAAGAAUCCGAUAAUGUGAAGAUCUUACAAUUAGUAGAUGGUUCGACAUUGAGAACAAAGGUGUUGAUAGGGUGUGAUGGAGUGAACUCUGUAGUAUCUAAAUGGUUGGGUCUCAAGAAGGCAUCUUUUUCAGGAAGGUCAGGCAUCAGAGGCUUUGCCGAGUUUCCUGAUGGCCAUGGCUUCGAUGCCAAUUUUUUUCAAUUUUUUGGGGAAGGUUUCAAAGCCGGCAUAUUACCUUGUGACGAUAAAAUGGUAUACUGGUUCUUCACUUGGUCUCCAUCAUUUAAAGACAAGAAGAUGGAAGAUGGUGUGGAAAUUCAACAACUUGUGAUAAACAAGUUCAAAGAAGCAAAAGUGCCCCAAAACUUCAUAAAAGUCAUAGAGAAGAGUGACAUCAAUGGCUUGCUGUGCUCUCCACUAAGAUUAAGGUGGCCUUUAGAGCUUCUUUAUGGGAACAUAUGCAAAAGCAAUGUAACAGUGACAGGUGAUGCAUUUCAUCCAAUGACACCAGAUUUAGGGCAAGGUGGUUGCUCAGCAUUGGAAGAUGGUGUUGUGCUUGCAAGGUGUUUGAGUGAAGCUUUGAAGGGAGGUAACAAUGGAGAUGCAAAAGAAGAGCAUGUUAGGGUUAGAUUAGGGUUGGAGAAGUAUGUUAAAGAAAGGAAGUGGAGGGGCUUUGAUCUUAUCACUACUUCUUAUGUUUUGGGAAUACUUCAACAAAGUGAUAAUACAUUUAUAAGGUUUUUGAGGGAGAAAGUUUUGGCUGGGAUUUUGGGUAGGGCUAUGGUCAAAAGGUCAUAUUAUGAUUGUGGAAAGCUUUAAAUUUUAGGGUUAGGGUUUGUUUUUGCCUCGACAAGCUUUAAUUGUUAUCUUUAUGUAUUACUUUUUGAGUUUCAUUUAGAGUUUUACUUUUUAGUGCAUUGAUCAAUGCAACAGUAAUAGAGUGUAUUAUUAUUAUCAAACGAUUAAUUUAGGUUUUAAGAGAAGUGUUUUGUACUAAACCCUAAUUUUUAUUGUGUGCUUAGCAUAUCUGUGCUAUGUAGUUUUU